ACCCUACCCAUCCUGCCCAUAAUAAAGUCCUUCGCUCCACCGUUGAAAGAAGAAGAAGCAAAACCAACCAUAUCAACACAGAAUUCUGAUUUAUCCUCUGUUGUUUACGAAUCCAAAGCUAUGUCUCAGACUGUUGAGCUCAAGGUUGCCAUGUCCUGUGAAGGCUGUGUUGGGGCUGUCAAGAGGGUUCUCGGAAAGUUGGAAGGGGUAGAGUCAUAUGACAUUAAUCUGAAGGAACAAAAAGUGACAGUGAAAGGCAACGUGCAGCCAGAUGUAGUUUUCCAGACCGUGUCCAAGUCUGGGAAGAAGACAUCCUUCUGGGAGCAGGAAGGUGCCCCCGAUGCCACCAAAGAAAAGCCUGCAGAAACUGUAGCUGCUGCAUAAUGCGAUGUGCUCUGAAAUGGGCGUUCUGAUAGGGGGGUUAUAGCUUGUUACAAAAACUAUGAAUAAUAUGGCUCUUUUUAAUUUGAUGUAAGAUCCAAUAAUUUGUGGUGAAUGUUAUGUGUCUGUGUUUGUUAUCAAAUAGGUAUGUCUGUUGCUUCUGGUGCUGUUAAUCUCUAUUAAGAGUUCUAGCUUUCUUGAAAGAUUCUGCUCACUUAUGUUGAAAGUAUUACCCUGGAUGCCUAUUUGGGGCUGUAAAGUGGAUGGUUCCCAGUAAUAGAAGCUAUAUAUCUGCGGUUGGUAAUCUA